CACUCGAUUCCGGAUCGGAAUCUCGCCCAAACCCUCGCCGAGAUCCACGCCGGAAUUUCCAUUACGGUGGCCGGCGUCGGCGCUGCCGACGUCGUUUCUAGAUCUAGGGUUCUUCAGCUCCCUCAGUUCCUCCUCACUCCCCAUUCCUCGUCUAUUCUUUUCAGAGAGAGAGAUAGAUUUGUUGUUAGGGUUUGUUAUCCGACGAAGAGUUUGUAGCUAGUGGGAAAGGAAUCAUCAAGACGUGUGUGCAGAAUCGAAGGUAAGUGUUUCUCUUCUUCUCUGAAAUCACAGUACCAAAGAGUUAAAUCCGCUCUUCCAUCUCUUUCUCUCUGCUCUCUCCUGUGGAGUCUGGCGCUAGGAGACAGGAAGGCAUUGCCUGCCAUCGAGACCGGCCAGGUCCCCUAAUAGCUCCAAUUCUAGCCCAAACCGAGCUCCAGAUUCCCUUCCUAUGGGGUCCCAGCUUCCCUUCUUUGUCCUGCUUGCUUAUUCUCUCGGGCAUCCCGUGCCCACUGUUCUCAUUGCCAGAACCUCCACUCCCUUCACCAACGAUCCAAUUUAGCCAGAUGAUCCUCAUCUUCAGAAUCCCUUCUUUAUUAUUAAUUUUUUAUCAUUAUUAUUAUUAUUAUUAUUAUUUUCCUCUGAAAAAUUUGUUCUUUUGUACGUCUCGUGUCACUGAUUUCAUUCUACUCAAAUGACCAAACUACCCCCAUUUCCAUCUGGUGCUGCAAAUCCAAGUCCAUAAUUUUGAUGUUGGCCUGCAUCGCGUGUUCAAAACAACUGGAUGAUGGCGAGGAUGACAGCACCUCGCGUGCUCCCGGUACGAAAGAGCCCGUGAAAAGCCUCACAUCUCAGAUAAAAGACCUAGUUUUAAAGAUCUCAGGAGGAGGGAACCGGCAAUGCAAGGGAGCCAGCUCGUCGAGCAGCUACCGAAGCAAAAGCGUGCGCCAACGAGGCCAUCAGCCUCGAUACACUGAUGGCAGCACAUCAGAUGGCGGACAGUGCAAGUAUGUCCGGUCAGCAAGCUCAAGCUCAAUGCCUACUUGGGGCUUCACAACUAAUAGUCAUAACUCGGAUUCAGAAACCAGGCAACGCCGUCAGUGGAUCUCUGGUGGCAUUGGUUUUCCCCCGGAAGAUGAUGAUAAUUAUAAUGAUAAUGAUGAUGAUGAUGACGACGUAGUGCUGCAGGACAAUGGUGAACCAAAGGAGUGGAUGGCUCAGGUUGAGCCUGGUGUGCACAUCACCUUUGUAUCCCUCCCUGGUGGUGCUGGCAACGAUCUCAAACGCAUUCGUUUCAGCCGGGAGAUGUUUAACAAGUGGCAAGCACAGAGGUGGUGGGGGGAGAACUAUGACCGCAUUAUGGAGCUGUACAAUGUGCAGAGAUUUAGUAGCCAAGCUCUUCCUACUCCACCAAGGUCCGAAGAUGGAGAGGCACAUAUUGGUUUGCAGAGGAACUCAUCAUACCCAAGAGUAGGAUCAGCAAGGGACAGCCCCACUACACAAACCCAACCACAUCAUCAUGUCAGAAGCAAAGAGAGGGUAUUUCCAAACACAAGUAGCAGUAGCAGUAGCAGACACAAAACAUUAUCAUUAUCCCCAAGAGGAGGAGGUGGAACUAGGUCAGUUCCAGAUCCAUCAGAGAGCAUGUUGCAACAAUACUUCCACCCAGCAGCUGUUGCUGCUGCAUUUGGUGGUGGUGGUGGUGGUGUUGGUAGUGUGAUUGGGGGUUUGUCAGGGAUGGGUAAAGGGGAGGCAUCAUCAGUGGAGGCUUCAAGGACAACUACAUCGUCUAGAGAUGAAGCAGCCUCUGUUUCCAUUAGCAAUGCUAGUGAUCUUGAGGUGACGGAGUGGGUGGAACAGGAUGAACCUGGCGUUUACAUAACCAUCAGAGAACUUCCUGAUGGCACCAGAGAGCUCCGUCGUGUCCGUUUCAGUCGAGAGAAGUUUGGAGAAGUGCGUGCCAAGCUUUGGUGGGAGGAAAACAGAGAAAGAAUACAAGCUCAGUACCUCUAAAACCUCUCUUACUACUCCCCAAUCGCAUGGUUAAUAAUAAUCUUAAACGUGAAACAAAAGAUUAAAGGAUAAAAAGAAAAUUAUUAUUUAAAAAAAAAAACUAACAAAGUAAAGAAAGAGAUGAUAUGGAAGGAGAGUUACUGGUUUCAUCCAAUUUUCUUGUGGCAUGAUGGUGGUGGUUGUUUUCCUUUUAAUUUCAAAAGUGAGGGCAAGCAAAUAGGUUGAUCUCUUUGUUCAAUGUUGUAAAAGGCAAGUUACACAUCGCAAUGAACUUCAGAUAAGUUUUAUACCUCAAACAAAAGCUCAUCAUCCUUAUAACAUGGUUAAACACAACUAGGUGAUAAGUGUUUAUCGUCUAAUUAAUUUAUCAGAACUGACACGAAAAUUUAAAAUUAAAAAAAAAAAAAUGGCAAACAACUUGAAGCAGUACAUGCACUCACAAAACAAACUACAAAUUAUGAUUUAUUUGAUAUUAAUAAAAUACCCUCAAUGAAAUAUUUAAACGUUGCCUAUAUAUAUAUAUAUAGUACAAAGACUCUCAUAUCUCACUCACACCCCCCAACAACCCAAUAAAUUGUUACAACUUUUAACCCCUC